CGCCUGCGCAUUGGACGCCCGAACGAACCACGGGGACGUGCGCAGCGGGCGUCCAAAGCGCAUGCGCGCUGAGCGGCACUCUGGGCCCUGCGCAAAACGCCGCGAGAUGCUUACUGACUCCCCGCGCGUGCGCAGUACGACUCUCCAACCGCUUCUAUUGUGGAGCUUUCGGGCGUCGUGUUUCUUCAGUAGGCCGGCGGUCAAUGACGGUAUUGUUUCCCGCCGAGAGCCCCUGGCGGUCGGUAUCGGGCUCGAUGGAAGGAGUGAAGGCGACCUUGUGAGGAUGAGCGAGUGUGUGGAGACAUAGUUGGCUGCCCGGCCCGGUCCGUUACCUCAGCACCCCCCCCCCCCCUUCCCCCGCUCCUUCUUUCUAUCUUUGCGCUCCUGUGUUCUCCUUCCCCCGGGAAACGACGAGCCAUGGAGCCGACGUUCCCCCCCAGCAUGCUCAUGUUCAGCCACCUUCCACCGGUUACUACCUUCGCCCGCCUGGGCUCCGAACUGCUGCCUCCUCCGCCGCCGCCACCGACUCUUCUCCAGGCACCGGGAGACAUGAUCCUGAAGAAAGAGCCGGGCUCCCCCCCUCCUCACCCGGCCGACUUCCUGCAGAGCCUGACGGGCAUCAAGCAGGAGAAGAUGGGGGAGCACGAGCAGUACCACCACCACCACCAUCAUCACCACCACCACCACCCGUACUACGAUGGCAGGCCGCCGGCCGAGAUCGUGGAGGUGACGGUGGGAAGCCCCGGGCUCAUCCAGGACCUGGGCCUCAACAGAGAGCUUUUAAUAAGAACUGAAAAAAAUGGCUGCGAUCCAAAACAUUCAAGUCCAUCCAUGAAGAAGACAAGGCGUCCAAGCGCAGAAGCUCAGGAAGCAAAAUCCAAGCGCAGGCGGAGUGAUUCCUCUAAAUCUUUAGGUGAAGGUGAAGCUGCUAAUAUGUCUCCAAAUCAGAAACCUCAUAUAUGUGAACACUGCAGUGCUGCUUUUAGAAGUUCCUAUCAUCUACGCAGGCAUGUGCUUAUACAUACAGGUGAAAGACCAUUUCAGUGCAGUCAAUGCAAUAUGAGUUUCAUACAGAAAUAUUUACUUCAGCGGCAUGAAAAAAUACAUAGCGGUGAAAAACCUUUUAACUGUGAUCAGUGCAACAUGAAAUUUAUUCAGAAAUACCACAUGGAGCGACACAAGAGGACACACAGCGGAGAAAAGCCAUACAAGUGUGACACUUGUCAGCAGUUCUUCUCAAGAACAGAUCGGUUGCUGAAGCACAAAAGGACAUGUGGGGAAAACAUGAUUAAAGGAUCAUUGGAGCCUGGGUCAUCAAAUCCUAGUAUGGAUAAUUUGUCUGGCAACUAUGAUUUAUCUCAGGGAAAUUCCCAUUAUUCUGGGCGCAAGAAAAGCAAGUCCAGAAAUGGUUCCUCUCACAAGGACAAUAAGCAAGGCAACAAAUUGAACGAGGCACAUUUGGCAGCAGGUCUCGACAUUCAGAGUUAUGCAGUGGAUGGUUCAAUCGUGUCUUCCAGUAGUGGUUCGUCCAACACUGGCAUUGAAGACUUGGAUUCCAAGGGGUCAAAAUUGGUGUUCAAGAAGGUCAACAGGAAACUAGGAGAUAAGAAUGAUCUCUCUUUGGAGUCUCAGUCUGCUAACAUGGGUAUUCAUAAACUUUCAGAUAAACCCAACAGUCCUCUUGACAUGGUGGGGAAUAGCAAUGUAGACACCAUGAACCUCCUUCAUAGUUCAGGUAACAAAGGUGCUACAAGUAGCAAUUACGAUGAUGCAAUGCAGUUCCUGAAAAAAAGGAGGUAUUUGCAGGCCUCCAGCAGCAACAAUGCCUACGCUGUGAAUGUUGGGCAUAUGGUGGCACAACAGUCGGUCAUUCAGUCUGCAGUUUCCAGUGUUAUCGAUGGGGACAACCCACUAACUCUUAUUGAUUCCCAGUCGUUGAAUGUUGAGAUCAAGAACUGUCAUGACAAAUCUGUCAUUCCCGAUGAGGUUCUCCAGAGUAUCUUGGAUCACUACACUCAUAAAUCGGUUGGCCAUCCAGAUGUCUCCUUCAACAUUGCAGAACACCACAUAGAGCUUCAGACGGCAGGCGACAACAGUGAUAUGGUGCAGGAGGAGAAUGUCUGUUCAGACUCGCAAUCUACAUCAAAUGACAAAACUAACAUGUUUCAGGAGUAUUCAAAGUACCUUCAGCAAGCGUUGGAAAGAACAAGCCAUACAACUUCAUUCCCACUGGGGCCGAGUUUACAGUUUGUAAGCCUAUCUUCAUCUCUUGCCAAUCAUUCUCUCUUUCCCGACAAACAGAUUUACACUACAUCUCCUCUCGACUGUGGGUUCAGCCAGUCGGUAACGUCAGUAUUACCGUCCACAUUGCCAAAGUCGCACUUUGGCAUGGUAGUGGGCCCCCAAACUGGUUUUUCUUUAUCGCUGGAGGCGCAGCAGUUGACUCCUUCACAAGAGUUGGCUGAUCAGAUAGACUCGCAGAAAUCCUUAGAAACAUCCUCCAGUUACCAGAUUUCAUCUCAGGAAUUGAACGGGCAGAAGGAUCAGCAAAAGGGCCUGGAGUCCUCUUCAGGUUUCCACCUUCAACCUCAGGAUUUGGCCAAUUCCCUAGAACAACACAAAGAUAUCAGACAACAUGCCACGUGCCAGAUCGAGAACUUUGCACAAGCAUUUGGUUCUCAAUUUAAGUCUGGAAGCAGGGUGCCAAUAUCAUUUAACACUAGCACUGAUGGGGGGGUGGAUCAGAGGUUGAGGACUUCAACUCCAGAAUUCUCAGGGUACACAAAUUUGCUAUCUGACGUAAAUGAAACAGGUAGUACGAGAGUCAAGACGUCAUCUAGUCAGAGCUUCAGGUGAGGCUGUGAGUUUGCCAGACAUUCGAGGUCUUUUAAACCAUGGUGUAUUUUUUAUUUUAACACUGCCAUUUAGAAUGUUUCUACACAAUCGUAAUAAGAGUUAUGUAAUCUAUGCCCUGUCAAUGCAAUUUUUUUUUUUAAUUAUGAAAGUAUUGUGAUAGUUCAGCUUGUACCCGAACUUUUAAAGAAAGAUUAGAUAGUGGGGGAGGGGGAGGGACGGGGAACAGGGUAGCCAAACAUGAUUUGGGGGCAACUGCUCUGCAGGCAGUUUUCUUUUAUUUUUAUUUUUUUUUGUUUUUUUAUUCGAUUUGCAAAUUUCCAGAGGGACAGUCAAAAAUGCCCAUUGUCAGACUGUGGAUAAAUCAAAAUAUAUGAGAUGAAUUUUUAUGACAAAUUAUUGGACUCAGGAAUGGGAUUUUUGAGCUGAAGGCACAUAAUGAGUUUAAUGAAGAUUCCUCUCACUUUAAACAGCGCAACUUUAUUCCUCCCGUUCAUCAUAAAGACGUCAUACCCUUCAGAGUAGGUCACACCUCUAGCCUGUAUUCCAGUCUAUAUUUAAUAUUCUCGGCAAUAGCUUUAAAUUUACUUAUCAGGUUUGUUGUUUUUGUUUUUUUGACAAAUUAUGUAUGUACAGUGUUUAUUUUAUUUUUUCCUUUUGAUAUACCUCAUUUUUACUGUUCAUGCAGCAUUCAGGAACAUGUAUUUUGCAAUAUCGUUAAAAAAUAAUAAAAAGAAACCAUUGUGUUCAAAUUA